ACACGUAGAUGCUAUUCGGGAUUCCGGGAUCAUUAGAAAUUCGUCCCUUCUGUUGGUAGUAUUAAAGGAAAUCAAGCUUUUUCACAAAGAAAAUAAGGAAAUUAGGUAGUAAUUGUAUACUUUUUUUCUAACGAGAUUGAGAGCUUGAGAAAAAUAUCGGGCAGUCUAUGUACAAGACGUAACAUUUCGUUGAAUGUCAUUUUGCUUUGCGGGAAUUAUCCCAGUUUAUCGCAAAAGCUGCAGCAAUGGCAACUGCUAUGAUGAGUGAUAUGGAUCCUGAAAAAUCCGUCGAAGAGGUGGCGAACAAGAAAAAUCAAGCUGCCAAGGAACUUUAUUUUGUGAAGGAAUAUAAAAAAGCAUUAGUAGAAUAUAGUGAACUUAUCGAGCUAUGCCCGAACAAUGCGGUGUAUUAUGGAAACAGAGCUGCGUGUAAUAUGAUGCUAGCGAAAUACCGGGAUGCUCUGGCCGAUGCCAAAAAAAGCAUUGAGUUGGAUCCUAAAUUAUUUAAAGCAUACGUGAGAGUUGUGAAAUGUAGUUUAAUUUUGGGAGAUAUUAUGGAGGCUGAAAAUAUAUUAACUAAGUUAACAGAACUUGAUCCUGAGAACGAGGCGAUACCUGUAGAGAAACGUGUCUUGAAAACUGUACAAAAGUUUAUUAAAGACGCGGAAUCUGCGUAUGCUGCUAAGGAUUAUCGUAAGGUUGUGUAUUGUAUGGAUCGUUGUCUCGACGUAAGCACUUCUUGUACAAGAUUCAAACUGACUAAAUCAGAAUGCUUAGCAUUUUUAGGAAGGUAUCAAGAGGCACAAAAAAUCGUUAAUGAUAUUUUACAUUUUGAUAAGCAAAAUGUCGAUGCUAUGUGCAUUCGUGCAAUAUGUUUGUACUUCCAAGAUAAUAUUGAUAAAGCAUUUGCACAUUUUCAACAAGUACUUAGACUAGCACCUGAUCACGUUAAGGCAUUAGAAAUAUAUAAGAAAGCUAAGAGCUUGAAAAAGAAAAAAGAGGACGGAAAUGCAGCAUAUAAAAAGGAACAAUACCAAGAAGCAUACAAACUAUACAGCGAAGCUUUGGCUAUAGAUCCUCAUAACAUAGUAACAAACGCGAAACUUCAUUUUAACAAGGCAAUGGCUGCAGCCAAGUUACGCCGAUUAAACGAAUCGGUAGUAGAAUGUUCAGAGGCGUUAAAAUUAGAUGAAAAUUAUUUGAAAGCUCUUCUAAGAAGGGCAGCCUCUUAUAUGGAGCUCGAUGAAUUCGAAAAGGCUGUUCAUGAUCUCGAGAAAGCGUGUAAACUGGAUAAGAGUCGCGAAAACAAACGAUUGUUAAUGGAAGCGAAAUUAGCACUGAAAAAAUCGUUGAGAAAAGAUUAUUAUAAGAUUUUAGGUAUUGAUAAGAAUGCAUCGACCGAUGAUAUUAAGAAAGCGUAUAGGAAACGAGCGAUGGUACAUCAUCCUGACCGACAUCCCAACGCAACAGAAGGGGAAAAGAAGGAGCAAGAAAAGAAAUUUAAAGAAGUAGGAGAAGCAUACGGGAUCCUAUCUGAUCCUAAAAAGCGGUCGCGUUACGACAGUGGACACGACAUAUACGACAUUGAUGACGGUGAUGGUGGAUUCCAUGAUAUCGAUCCAAGCGCGAUGUUCCAAACAUUUUUCAAUCAACACGACGGCUAUCAGUUCCAUACGUCUGGUUUUCCUGGUGGCUUUACUUUCCACUUUGGUUAACAGCAUUCCGACAUACAGGUUCCCGUACCACUUUAACGUUUCAAGCCAUCAGAACUUUAUUCUAUAGAUGAAUGUACCGGAUUUGUGUAUCUUCCAUUCAUAGCACAUCCCGUAUCAGCAUGUAGUAUAAAUAAUGUAAAACCUACUUGUUAGA